AUGGACGAAUAUCGAGUCCGUGCUGCUGGUACAAUAGAUUUUAAUGACAACCGAUCCGUUGAAACAGAACCUUGGCUCAACUGGGACCCAGCUGGAUCUCUCGUUUGUGAUGUUCUCAGGCAACUGAAUGUGCUGCACCAGGCCGCCUCAUGUUUCACUCGCUACGAUGUUCGAGAUAUCGCGAUACAUGUAGAUCUGCGGAAUGAAUCUCUCGUUUGUGAUGUACUCAGGCAACUGAAUGUGCUGCACCAGGCCGCCUCAUGUUUCAGUCGCUACGAUAUUCGAGAUAUCGCGAUACAUGUAUAUCUUUGUAAUGUAAGGUUGCCGAAAAUCCGCGGACAGCCCACGACCGGUUUCACCCUUUUUGGGGCUCAUCUGCCAGAGGGUGGAAGUGAACGCAGGAAUUCUGGAGGCCCGAGUUGCUCAUGCCAGUUUGUGCCACCGGUGGCUCCAAAAAGGUACAUCUCUGGGUCUUUGAAAACGCUUAUAGCUACUACUGUCUGUCUACUACUAUGCUGUCUGCGUUGCUGUGCGAGGUUUGGCCAGUUCGGGCGCAACAUCGGAGACCUCUUCAGGUCUUCAACCACAAUGGUCGAUGCACCAGAGUUGCUGUCACAUUUGGACUGUGACAGCGCUCAGUGUUCGACUGGUCUGUGUACGACAGGGCAAACAACAGACAAGCAGUUGGCCCCUUUCUUGAAGUUUUCCGGUAAUGGGAGCUUCAGAUAUCGCCCACUUUCUUUUGAUCACUCGCAAUACAACGUGCUGCCAAACAAAGCAACAACAAUCUGUAAUGUACUACUCAUAAGGUUGCUGAAAAUCCAUCGACAGCCCACGACCGGUUUCGCCCUUCCGCUUGGGGCUCAUAAUGCUCAGUCCCCGAGUUUCCGUCCACCUCAUGCUCUACUUGAAACCAUAUUGCACAAAAUUCGCGAAUAUACACCCAUUUGCAAACUAACUUGGUUCUUUCGAGAGACUCACCCGGAACUUCGCUGA